AUGAAGUUGUUCAAUUCCAAAGUUUUGGCGGCCAGUGCAGAAGGUAGUGGUCUUGGUUUUGGUUGCAUGGGUAUCUCUGCCUUUUAUGGGGCGGCAAUGGAAGAUGCCAAGGCCAUAGAACUUCUGAAGGGUGUCUACGAUGGUGGAUGUCGCCACUUUGACACGGCCGAAGUGUACCGAAUGGAAGGUUCCAAGCCCAAUGAAACCAUUAUUGGAGAAUUCCUACAGACGGUACCAAGGGACAGCUAUUCGAUUGCCACCAAGUAUUGGCCCGGACACGACAAUCCAAAUGUUUACGAGUACGACGAUGUCAAGGCCCAUUUGAAAUCUUCCUUGGAACGACUCCAGUUGGAAUAUGUAGAUCUCUACUAUGCUCACCGUGUGUUCUCGGUGGAAGGAGGCAUUAAAUUUGCCAAGGCAUGCCAAAAGCUCAAAGAAGAAGGCCUCAUCAAGGAAGCCGGCCUUUCCGAAGUGAGUGGCAAAUGGCUCAAACAGAUCCACCAAGAAGGAGGGACCAUUGAUGCUGUCCAGCAAGAAUGGAGCUUGAUGACUCGUUCCUUGGAAGAGGAAAUGGUCCCUGUCUGUAAGGAGCUUGGAAUUGCCAUUGUCGCCUACAGCCCACUCAGUCGCAACAUGCUGGCCAAAAAGACCGAGGUUCUGGCCGACAAGACUGAUUUUCGUGCCAACUUGCCUCGCUAUUCCAAAGAGAAUAUUGACAAUAACAAUCAAAUUGUGGAAAAGGUACAGGAAUUGGGCAAAAAGCACAAUGCCAGUGCUGCCCAGGUAUCGUUGGCAUGGCUCUUUCACAAGGCAGAAGAGUUGGGUGUUGCUGUGAUUCCCAUUCCUGGUACGACCAAGAUCAAGAAUGCCACAGACAACUUUGGCUCUGUCAAGGUCAAAUUGACGGAUGAAGACUGCACAGAAUUGGAAACUUUGGCUGGCAAGGUUGCUGGUGAACGUUAUCAGGAAUCAUUCAUGGGCAACAAUAUGAGCAUUGAGAGUCAGAAAUAGAUAUGGCGAAUGAAGUGUAACUGCGGUGGAGAGAGGAAACUGAACUUUGAUACAUACAUGUCACAGUUAGAGAAACAAACAUGCCCUUUGAGUUGUGUGGUUGCGAAGGAAAGGCGCAUUAUGAUCCCAGUGCUGGUUGAUCCAAACCGUAGCUUUGUCUCCUUCAAAAGCUUAAUUAAAAUAGUUUAAACGAUAGAGUCCUCAGCCCUCUUGCUAGCUUGAAAUCUUUGAGCCAGUGUCAUGUUAAGCUCGAUCGAGGC